AAUGGACAACAUUUUAUUUUACAGGCUUAAACAUUUAGUUCUUUAAAAAGAAAGAAAGCAACGAAAAAGGUCCAAACGAAAUGUCAAAAAAUCUGUACAAAAACAAACAACACGUGCGUGAGAGUGAUUCUCUCUAUAUUUUGUACUCUUUCUGUGGAAAUUUGUUUCUCUCUGCGUGUCUUUUUGGCAGGGGUUGUUGCCACUAUUGGGGGCUUGGAGUCCUGCGACGAUGAUGCCAUACGGAUAGAGUAAAUCCAACACGAACGGCUGCUGGACGUGUGCCGUGUGCGAAACGAGUGCGGAGCGCAAGCGAGAAAUUAUAGAGAAAGGCCAGACGACAGGCAGAGCGGGGCAAGGAGCAUUCUAAUUCCGAGAAAAAAAGUUAAAAUUAACAAGGAUAUUUAUAGAUAUAGCCGCCAAGAAGAAAUCAGUGCAGUUUCAAGUGUUUUCGUGUGGCUGUGAAAAAGUUGUAGGACCCACAGGCAGGCGCAAAGUAGGUUAAAGCGGUGCGAGGGGGCUACGCAUAGCAGCAAAAGUCAGUGAGAAAGCAGAGGCAAUUUUUUUUGGCUUUCCCUUUAGCCAUAUUUUGGAGGUCGGUGUCGGUCGGUUGGUCGGGUUGGUGGUUUCUGUGGCUGGAGCUGCAUGUGUGUAUGCCGCAGGGGCAAGAGAAACUGCAGAUGCAGUGCGAGUGCAACAACAGCAACAACAAAGGCGACAACAAAAGCGAAAUGCAAAUGGCUUGAUAUCAAAUAGCAAAUGAACUUCGUAUUUCUAAACAUUUCAAUUGAUAUUCUCUAACCAAAAUCCAACAACAACAACAAAAGUGAUAUUUUCUACGACUGUGGCUUGAUUUUUGCACAGUACAAAAAACACAAACACAUAAAAUACAAAUAGAGUGACAGAGGGGAGGGAGCUGACACAGACACCGCACAACCCACACCACCCACACACACGAUAACUAUAUAGCAAUAUAUGCCAAUUGAGUGCCUUAUAUCAUUUGAUAAUAAUCCACAAGGUGUCUACUAUGCCGGACAGGAGCUAUCUGGCGUUGUUGAUCUCAGCGUCGAUGCCACCAAGCGGAUCAAAGGCAUCCACGUCACUGUCAGCGGUUAUGCCAAGAUACGCUGGAUAAAAAAGGGAUAUCCGCGCGAUAGCGAGCGCGCCAUGUGCCGUGCCUAUCGAUCGUAUCUGUCAUCGAGAUCGUAUGUGCUGGGAUCGUGCGCGAGCAACUCGUUUAUCGACUGGCCCGCCGGCGAAUACUCGUACACAUUCCAUGUCAUCCUGCCCGACAAUCUGCCCACAUCGUUCGAUGGCAAGUAUGGACAGAUACACUACGAGAUCAUAACGACGAUCGAGCGGGCCGGCCGAUAUCCAAAGGUCUUCAAGCUGCCAUUUACCGUGAUACAACCAUUAGACCUGAAUGCCGAUGCUAUAUACAGAGUGCCCUUGGAGAUCCUCGAUCGCAAGCGUUUCUGGAGCUUUUGCUGCCCCACGGGACCGCUGACUGUGAAGUUCUCAACACCCUACUGCGGCUGCCCCGGCCAGAAGAUCCACUUUGUGCUGUACAUCAACAACGAGUCCUCCAUCGACAUCACCGAGUGUGAGGUGAAGCUGAAACAGGAAGUCAGCUAUGAGUCGCACGAUCCACAUCACGAGUAUCGCUACGACAAGCAUCUGAUAGCACGAAAGCAGUUCGGGAAUGUCCUGCGCUGGUCGAGGAAGGUUUACAGGGGAUUCUUGGAUCUGCCGUCAAUACCGCCAACAUCGGUGAAGCCCACAUGCCCCAUUAGUGUUAACUAUUCGAUUAAGAUCAUUGUCAAUCCAACGGAGUUCCACUGGAAGCUGAAGCUAAAGAUCCCCCUGACCAUUGGCAGCAUACCGAUCAUGGAUGGACCGGAGGCCCUGCUGCGCUUCAAUCGACAGCAGCAACAGCACCAAGUAGUUAGUCAAAAUUUACAAAUGUCAACGCAACAACAAAGGCCGCGACACAGAGAUCGGGAUAGGGAUCGCGAUCGGGAUAGAGAUCGGGAUCAGAAUCAGAGGACGCCAACCGCACAGCAGAGACAACAUUUGAGUAGCAUCACGAAUAAUAACAACAAUCAUGGACGUCUAGUGGGUGGACUACUGCCGACCAAUAGCAAUAUGAAUAUGAUAGUGAAUGUCAGUCCAACGCCCACGAGCUCCACACCCUCAUCAACGCCAACAACUGCCGCCCUUAGGCCUCAAAUGGCCUCCAUGCUGCCUGCGAUAUUGGUGACCAGCGAUAGCGAUAAUCCUCCCGAUUAUAUACCAAUGAUGCCUCCCUCGUAUGAAGAUGCCAUGGCUCUGAGUGAGAAAUUCAGCGAUGAUACUGAGUUCUUAACAAACGUUAGCAUGAGCAGCAUUAUGUCCGCUCAGGCUGAUGUUACCACAAGUGAGCCCUUUAAGCCGCGUUAUCCGGUCUAUUACGAAUAUGAGACACCGACCAUACCGCCCGAGACGCUUUACGAUGAGGCCAAUGCUCAGCUGCGCCUCGCCCUGAACCCGGACUCGGCAACGGAGAUGGCGACAGCAGCAAUGAUGGAUGAGGAGGUGAACACCAGCACACCGGCAGGAGGAGAGCUGUCCUUUAGCUAUGAAAAGAAAUGAAUAAACAAAAGGAAACACCAAACAACAAUUACAUAUUUACUCGUAAUCAAAAUAUUAUAAAAGAAAACGGAUCAGAUUGGAGAUUGGAGAUCGGAGAUGGAAAAUCGAACAUUUUUAUAGAAUCAAAACCAAAUAGAAGAAAUAUAGUAUAUAAAUAUAUUUUGCAGCAGAGUAAAAUCUAUCUAGAAUAAACCAAUUUGAAUAUGAUUUUUAUUUUCCUAAAUUAUUUGAAACUAUAUAUUCUAACUAUGCUUUCUAACCUUCACUUUAAACUAUGCUUAAAUUACACUUUACACCUCAAUUCUUGUCUUCCUUUUCUUUCUUGUCUCAACAUAAAGAAUGGCGUUUCUCAUGCAUUUCUUUUAACAAAAUAAAUACAAGAUGUCAAAAAUGUAUACAAAAUAUGCAUAAACAGUGAGCACUGGCCACAAAUAUAUAUGAAAGAAAAAACGUAGUCAAGUCAUAGAACAAAACACUCUUCUAGGCCUAAGCUAAACGAUAAACCAGAACCCAAACCCCAAAACAAAUCUGCACAAUUUUAACCGAAGAAAAAACUGCAAAAACUACAAUUAAUAUACGAAAUUAACAUUUUUCCAAAUAUUCAAUGUAACGAAUAUUAA